AUGGCGUAUCUCAGCAGCGCAGGCCCACGGCCUACAUCCAACAGCACCCGAGCAUCGAACUCUGAGGCUACCAAGAUCCUCCCUAAUACCCUAUAUCUCACCUUCAACGCUCCUCAGGUUGAUGAAUAUCACCGCGGCCUCUUCCUUACAUAUCCCAAAUCCACAACAAGUGGAAUCCUAGUUCACGCCAUUUACGUCGAUUCCAAAUGGGGUCUCGAGAAGCGUGUUACUAAAGAUAUAUCUUCCGCCAAAUCGCUGGUCCUCCUCUACCGCAUUCACACCUUCGACGAUUCCACCGCCUCUAAUGUUGAUAAGCAGUUCUGUGAUAUAGAACAAGUGCUUGAGCGGGUCCCAAUGGGGAGCGAGGUUCGAGAGAACAAGGGUAAGAAGGGAAACCCAGCACUCGGUGGUUAUGAUUGCGUUAUUUGGACAGGCGAUGCAAUUAGGGCCUUGGCCAGGGAAGGGUUUGUCGAUUUACGAGGCAGAUCUGUCGAACAAAUUAUGGACGAAUCUCGCUCUUUGGCUGGCCCUCAAGAUGCCAAAACCAUGGUUGGCAAAGAUUUCGGGGGCCUUAAGGUCGUGGUGUGA